AUGGUGUUCAUCGUAAAGAUACCCGGUCGCUCGCGCGCAAACACCCCGGAGCCCGCAACCGCAACCGCAACCGCCUCCACCCCGUCCGACCAGCAGCCGUCCGCACCGCCGCUCGCGGACAUCGCCAUGGACACUCCGCCUCGAGCAGCUCCUCCUAUGUCCAUCCCUGUGCAGCCGACGCAAGAUGUGACGGCUGCGUCAUUAGCGUCUUCAAGCGCGCAAGUGGCAGCACAGCCAUCAGCCGCGGCCUCGGUCGCUUCGGGGGCUCCUAGCGCUGCACAGCUCGACAUCCUCCUCGCACCUGCCGUGCUCAAUCACAGAUACGUGCGCGGUGUCGACAAGAGCCUCAUUGUAGAGCGUCCAGAGCGUAUCCGCGCCGUCCUACUCGGCAUCGCAACUGCUAUCGGCAAGUCCACCACCGACGACCACCCCGCUAUACCCUCGCUACCCUCCACAUACCCCGCCGCCGCACCCGGCCCGGCAGUCUCGGACGAUGACGAUCUCGUCGCACGCCUCGGAUCGCUCUCGAUGCAGGCCAAACCGGACAACCCGCAGCAGCACCCACCUCCCAGAUUUCGGGUCCUCCAUUCGACGGCGUCGGUACCCCUCAAUCCGCCCCACCCGGCAGUGGCGUACACCCAUGCCCACGCAGACGAGCUCGUCGCCGUCCUCGAGUCCGCCUACGACCUCGCGAAACAGCGACGCAGAGACGCUCACACCGCUCAGGUCAAGCACGAAGCACGCGAGGACACGCCAACGCCCGCACAGCCGCAGCCAGAACAAACCACCUCCAUGGCCGCACCCCAGCAGACGUCACACGCUGCCUACCUCGAGCGUCUCUGCAGCCGAGCUCCCAACCACCCGCCAGUGUCACAAGUCAAGCAUCAACACUCUUCGCCCACGAAGCAUCCGCCCGAAGAUAGCGAGGCGUACACAUCGAGCGACGGUGAAGGCGACGAGGCCAUGCAUGCGUCCGAAGUGCCCGAACAUCUGCCCCAGGGCGACCUCUACCUCGCCGGCCCCUCGCAACCCGAUUCCAGCGACGGCGGAUCGGCGCAAGCCAUCCAGCACGCCAUGGGUGCCUGCUGUGAGGCCGUCGACCGCGUAGUUGCCGCCGCCACCGCUUCCACCACCACGACUCCGCUGCGCGAGAUUCGGCACGACCAGGCACUGCCGCACACGACCUCAGACGCGCAUCCAGCACCAGUACCAGCACCCGCUGCCAAGCGCGCAUUUGUCCUUUCGCGUCCGCCGGGCCACCACUGCUCCGGCUCGACACCGCAGGGCUUCUGCUGGGUGAACAAUGCGGUGGUCGCGUCGGCGCACGCCUACCUCACGCACGGUAUCGACCGCGUCGUAGUAUUCGAUAUUGACCUGCACCACGGCAACGGCACGCAGAAUCUGGCGUGGCGCAUCAACGCCGAUGCGAACAAGCGCGACGACGAGCGUGCGGAGCGCAUUGCCAGUCUGCGCGCAGCGGCUCUCGAGCGCGCGCGGCAGGCGCUCGGCACCGGCACGGGGCGCGCACAUGCCAGCCGCGUGGCCAAAGUUGCGCUGUCCGAGCAGGACGAGGUGGAAAUUAGAAAGCAGGCGGGUCCGAGGGCGAUGCGGAUAUUCUACAGCUCGCUGCACGACAUCGAGUCGUUUCCCUGCGAGGACGGCGAUGCGAGCAUGAUCAAGGACGCAAGCACGUGUGUCGAGGGCGCACACGGACAGUGGAUCUGGAACGUUCAUUUGGACCACUACCGCAGCGAAGCCGAAUUCAAGCGGCUGUACACAGACAAGUACGCGAUCCUGUUCAACAAAGCCACCCGGUUCCUGCAAGCUACAUCGGCCACGCCUCAGUCUACACUCGUGUUGAUCUCGGCAGGUUUCGACGCGUGCGCAUACGAGUAUCCGGGCAUGCAGCGACACGGCAAGCACGUGCCACCUUCGUUCUACCACACGUUUGCACGCGAUGCGGUUCGGUUCGCCGACACUUACGCGCACGGCAAGCUGAUUUCGGUCCUCGAGGGCGGUUACAGCGACCGUGCGCUGUGCUCGGCCGCCCUUGCGCACGUAACCGGUCUAUCUGCCGAAGGGACAGCAGAUCCCGAGGUAGAGGCGGAGUUUUGGAAGCUCGAUAAUCUGGUGGCGGUGGAGAAGGUGGCGAAAAAGAUGGCUGCACAUGCUGCAGCAGCGGGUGGGGGUGGGGUGGGGGUGAAUCUCACGCCCAAGAGGAGGCAGGCGGAAUUGGUGCCUUGGCUGGCACGCACCUCGCGCGCCUUUGCCGCGUUCGAACAGGCGUGUGGCAAGCUCAACGUCGUUCCGCUGACGGCUACGGGCAGGGCGAGUACGGUGCCUAGUGCGGUGAAUAGUCCGGGUGUCGUGGCGGGUAGGACUCUGCGCGAUCGUGGCGCACUCAAGACGCGUGGGGAUGCCACGCCGCAGUCGAAAAAGAGCCCGAACAAGUCGCCCACCAAGCCUCGCGUGGCCGCCUCGCAUGCAGAAGUUACGCCGGUCAAGAUCGAAGGCACUGCGAUGGAUCUGGAUACUUCGACACCAACCAAGCCCCGCGCAGCACAGGACAGUAGCCCUGCUGAGACUACCGCGACGGUGGGUGGGUUGACACCGACCAAGCCUGCGCCGAUCAUUACUGGGGCUGAGGGAGUGGCGCGCGCGGGCGCGGUGGACAUCUCCUCGUUCCUAGCCACAUCGUCGACGCCGCAAUCGCCCGUGCUCUCGGCUGCGCCCGUAACGCUCGUCGACGCCCUGUCGCCCACACACAUCCACGACGCCAACUCGACGCACUCGAUCAUCCCGCUCGACUACCUCGACCAGGACGCUCCCGGAUCGCCCGAUCCCACCCUAGACACCGUCGACUAUUUCCCCCCACAAAUUCACCCCCAACCAGACUGGACAUAG